GCACAGCGGUUAAGAGCUCGGCUGCCAUCCAAAAUGUUGGUGGUUCAAAUCUACCAGCUGCUACUUGGAAACCCUAUGGGGCAGUUCUGCUAGACUCCAUAGGGUUGCCAUGAGUUGAAAUCAACUCCGUGGCAAUGGGUACAGGCAUAGGCUUAAAAUCAUCAAUGGAUAGGAAAAGGAAAUAUCAAACCAGGCAGUUGAAAAUAUGUUAGAAGACAGUUUAUGAUACAGUGUUAGACAAGUUUGACUGAGAAAAUGCAUACAGAAGUACAAUGGGAUUGUCAAGGAGUGCAAUUAAUUUAAAGUGAGAUUAGAUGGCAAAGCUGAGGGUCAGUCUCCAGCAGUUAACCAAUUGCUGCAGUGCUGUGUUGAGUAAGGUAUAGCUUAUCUACCCGGGGCUGUGAUCCAAAAGCAUAGUGAAAUGAUCUUAAAAUAAACGUGAGGGGGCAGUUUAGUGUGAUUUAACAGGAGGACAUGGGAUAUACAUAACUGCUAUCAUUCUUCAAGUGCCAUCAAUUACAGUGAUCAUGAAAUCCAACCCGGAUACCUCAAUACAAUUUAGAGAAGAGGCAAAGAGAUACAGGAAGGUAAAGGAAAUGCACAUGUAAAUUUACAUUUUCCACAGAUGAAUCAUCAAGAAAUACCACCAGAAAGUAAUCUAACUGAAGUGAUGGAAUUUGUUCUCUUGGGCUUUGCUGACAUACCCCAUCUCCAGUGGCUUCUUUUUGGAUUAUUUUUAAUCAUCUAUAUCAUUAUCCUGAUGAGCAAUGGCACCAUAUUUCUAAUAACAAAAAUGGAUCCUGCUCUCCAGAGCCCUAUGUAUUUUUUCCUGGCAAAUUUUUCCUUCUUGGAAAUCUGCUAUGUAUCAGCUACCCUCCCCAGAAUGUUGAUGAAUCUAGGAACCCAGAGAAGAAGUAUUUCCUUAGUUGCCUGUGCUACACAGAUGUGCUUUGUCCUUAUGUUUGGAGCCACCGAGUGUUUCCUCCUGGCAGUGAUGGCCUAUGACCGCUAUGUGGCCAUUUGUAACCCUCUGAACUAUCUUUUAGUCAUGAACCACAGGGUCUGUACCCAGUUGGUGACUGGGUCCUGGACCAUUGGAAUCCCAGUUCAGAUAGGGCAGACAUAUCAGAUUUUCUCUCUGCCUUUUUGUGGAUCUAAGGAAAUUAAUCACUUCUUCUGUGACAUUCCCCCAAUACUCAAGCUAGCUUGUGGGGACACUUUUGUAAAUGAGGUGUUGGUCUACAUAGUUGUGUUGUUUAUCACAGUUCCAUUUCUUUUGAUACUGGGCUCCUACAGUAAAAUCAUCUCCAUCAUCCUGAAGUUGCCAUCAGCCACAAGUCAAGCCAAAGCCUUCUCCACCUGCUCGUCUCAUCUUAUGGUUGUGGUGUUAUUCUUUGGAACAGGAAUUACUGCCUACUUAAGACCCAACACUAGAUCCUCAGAGGGAACUGACAAAGUGCUUUCUCUUUUUUACACUAUCCUAACUCCUAUGUUUAAUCCCAUGAUAUACAGUCUAAGGAACAAAGAUGUCAUAACGGCAUUGAGAAAAUUGCUAUGUAAAUAA